CUGCUGCUUAAGAUUUGACUUCAAAAUUAAUAAUUUGAAUGAAUAAAUAACUAAAAUAACAAAUGAAUGGAGAAAUUCGAAUCUCGAAACUCGAAUCUCGCAAGGAAGUAGUGCGGGAAGUUCGUUUAUCAGCGACACUGAACAUUUCGGUUUACCGCAGAUUUGUAUCAGUUUCUAUUCAAGUCAGUUUAGUUCAAUCCUCCCGACCAUAUUGUUGGAAAAAAAUGAAGCUAGGCGUGGCUGAACUCAGCAAUUCCGAAUUAUGGAUAUAUUUUUUCGGUUGGGCCACUGGAUUGUUUUACGGCCUUUAUCAGAUAUAUCUGCAGACAUCGGCAUAUUUUGAUAACUACGAUAAUAAACUGGAGCUUGCACCAGGUUGGGGGUGGAUUGGACGCAGACUUGAUAUAGCCGAUGUAGAAAGUCUGGUAUUCAUGCCGCUAAUCUACGAAUCUUUUCCAUGGAUUUGCGUGCAUUUUCUUGGAGGGCAGAUGAUUAAAUAUUUUUUCAAUACAUCGCUAUUAUGCUGCUGGUUCGUCUUUAUCAGUCUGACCUACCAGUUGUUUUACUUUGGUUUGCCGACUGUAAUAUUUUUGCUAGUUAUGCCUUUCGUGACGUGUAUUUUGGUUCCGUUUCGAAGUAAAAUUUUGCUGUGGACAGUCCAAUUAUCAGUUUUGCUGCUUUUCGGUGUAUUCGGAAAAAUUGAAGAUUCCUGGCGAAAUUUGUUAGCAGUCAAUUGGCAGCAAUAUUAUAUAGUAGUCGUAGUUUUUGCUUGGAAUCAGUUAAGGAGUUUGAGCUUUGGCCUGGAUUCUAUCGACAAAUACAAGCAUGUCAAGAUUAAUGGAUUUUGCAAGGAUCUUUUGGAAAUACUUGCUUUUUGUCUCUACUUACCCACAUAUUUUCUUGGUCAAAUGAUAUUGUUCGAAGAAUUCGUUGAAGGGAUUAGGAGACCGUUCGAGGCAUGGACUUUGAACAAGACCGCAAGAACUGUCUUUGAUUUUUUACGAUUCUUUUUCUGGAUAAAAAUGAGUGAAUUUAUUUUACACUAUGUGUACAUCACUGCCCUCCGUAACCACAUAGAGUUGAUUCGUGGGCUCGAUAACUGGGCUUGUUACCCCUUUGGCUUCUGGAUGGGAUUACACUUUUUUACUAAGUAUGUUGUCUUUUACGGAAUUUCAAGUGUGAUUCCACGAGCGGAAAAUAUUGUAGAUUUACCUACUCCCAGAUGUAUUGCCAGAAUCCACUUGUAUUCCGAUAUGUGGAAAUAUUUCGACAGGGGGUUGUACAAGUUUCUUGUCAGGUAUAUCUAUUUGCCGUCCGGAGGCGCAAAAUCUGCUCUACAGAAAUUCGUUUCUUCGAUACUUUGCUUUUCAUUCAUUUACAUGUGGCAUGGUAUCGCUAGAUUUAUAUUCAUAUGGUCGGCGUUGAAUUGGGCCGGAGUAACGAUUGAAUCGGUGGCGAAAGGAAUUGCAAGUUCCAAAACUUACGUGCGGAUUGAAGAAAAAUAUCUAGGACCGAAAAAUACCAGACGUUUUCGUUGUCUAUUGGCAAGCCCAUUGUUCAUUAUGUCAGCAAUAUCCAACUUUUAUUUUUUUGGAGGAGAAGAAGUUGGAUACCAUUUUAUUGAUAGAAUAUUACAUGAUUCGUGGAAGAGUAUUAUGAUAUUAAUAUUUUUCGUAUAUUGUCUUUGCCAAGUAUCAACUGAAUUUGAAAAUAGAGAUAUACGAAAAUGUCAGAGAUUCAAGAGCGUUGACAAGAGCAAUUAAAAGGAAGACCUUACUGUAUCUUGGAAAUAAACAAUGAGAAAAAUUUA